AUGUCAGAACAAUCACGACCGGCACGUUAUAUUGGCCAUGUUCUUGAAGAACUGGGUUUAAUUACCAUGUGGCAGUCCUCAUUGGACGUGAAGCUUCUCUGCGCCCAGCGCUUCGUGCGACUUUUCGCAUAUGGGGGGUCGACCCUGAUUCUAGCUUCUUACCUGUCGGCCAUGGGGAUUUCUGACGAUCGCAUCGGUUUAUUCAUGACUCUGACAUUGGUCGGAGACGUGGUAAUCAGCUUCUUCCUAACUCUGUUUGCUGAUAGGAUGGGCCGCAAAGCGGUGUUAUCGCUCGGAUCUAUCAUGAUGGCCGGUAGCGGAGUGAUUUUCGCCUUUUUUGAAAAUUACUGGGUUUUGUUGGCUGCGGCUGUCUUUGGUGUUAUUAGUCCCAGUGGAAAUGAGAUCGGUCCAUUCCGCGCCGUGGAAGAAUCCACUCUCGCUCACCUCACCUCGCAUGAAUUGUUAAGUGAUGUCUUUGCCUGGUAUUCCUUGAUUGGAACUGCUGGCUCGGCUCUGGGUAUGCUAGUUUGCGGGUGGAUCAUCAACUCCUUGGAGUCAAUUCACGGAUGGCCGUUCAUUCCUGCGUGUCGCAUCAUUUUCUUCGUCUAUGCUGGCGUCGGCGUCGUCAAACUUCUCUUCACAUUGGGUCUGAGCAGCAAGGUGGAGGUUCAGGAGGAGCAGGAGCAGCAGCAGGAGCAGAGCUCGGAAACUCGGCCACUGCUGGCAGACCCCACUGCACAGGAGGGCGAGCCCGCUCCGACGAAGAAGAGCAUAUUCCCAUCGAUCGAGAAGGAUCUGUGGUCGCUCGUUAUUCGUCUCUUCAUCUUGUUCGGUGUGGAUUCAUUUGCCUCCGGAUUGGCCUCUCUGUCCUGGAUGACAUACUUCUUUAAGGGCAAGUUCAACCUACCGGAGGGUCAACUCGGCACUAUCUUCUUUACCACCAACCUGAUCUCUGCAGCAUCUAUGUUGAUCGCCUCGUCUCUCGCCAAGCGCAUUGGCAACGUUAAGACUAUGGUGUUCACACACUUGCCCUCGGCCAUCUGCCUGGCACUGAUCUCAGUCCCAUCUACCCUUCCCUUGGCACUCACGUUUUUGGUCUUGCGCGCUUGUUCUCAGAACAUGGAUGUGGCACCUCGAUCCGCAUUCCUCGCCGCCGCUCUACCGGCUGACAAGCGCACUGCUAUUAUGGGAGCGGUCAACGUUGUUAAGACUACCUCUCAGAGCAUGGGACCUUUACUUACCGGUAUCUUGUCUCGCAAUGGCCAUUUCGGUGUCUCUUUCAUUAUUGCUGGAUGCUUGAAGGUGGUGUAUGAUCUCGGCAUGCUCUUCAGCUUCGCUGGCAACGAGGCUGCCCGUCGCAAGCAAACAGCACAAGAAGUGGACGAAGAGACAAGUUAG